CAGCCCGCCGCGCGCCCGGGACCUCCGGGCCCCUGCACCUCUCCGCCCCCACCCCUGUCCCUGAAGAUGAAGAUCUGGCUGUUGCUCUGUCUUCUGCUGGUGCACGAAGCACUGGAGGAUGUGAUUGGCCAAAACCCUCCCAAAAACAAGCGGCCAAAGGAGCCAGGAGAGAACAAAAUCAAGCCUACCAACAAAAAGGUGAAACCCAAAGUUCCUAAAAUAAAAGACAGGGACUCACCCGAUUCAACGCCAAAGACACAGUCUAUAAUGAUCCAAGUGAUGGAGAAAGGUCGCUUCCAGAAACCUGAGGCUACCCUGAGUCUGACGGCAGGACAAAGCGUAGAGCUCCGAUGUAAAGGGAAUGAAAUUGGAUGGAGCUAUCCUGCGUAUCUUGACACCUUUAAGGACUCCCGCCUCAGUGUGAAGCAGCACGAGCGCUAUGGCCAGCUCACCCUCGUCAACUCCACGGCGGCCGACACCGGUGAGUUCAGCUGCUGGCUGCAGCUCUGUAACGGCUACAUCUGCAGGAAGGACGAGACCAAAACAGGCUCCACCUACAUCUUUUUUACAGAGAAAGGAGAGCUCUUUGUACCUUCUCCCAGUUACUUUGAUGUUGUCUACUUGAACCGGGACAGACAGGCUGUGGUUCCUUGUCGAGCGACUGUCCUGUCAGCCAAAGUCACACUCCACAGGGAGUUCCCAGCCAAGGAAAUCCCAGCCAACGGAACGGACAUCAUUUAUGACAUAAAGAGAGGCUUUGUAUAUCUGCAACCUCACUCUGAUCACCAGGGGGUGGUCUACUGCAAGGCCGAGGCUGGGGGCAAGUCUCAGAUCUCCAUCAAGUACCAACUGCUCUACGUAGAGGUUCCCCCAGGCCCUCCAUCAACAACCAUCUUGGCAUCCUCCAACAAGGUGAAAGGUGGGGAUGACAUCAAUGUGCUCUGCACUGUCCUGGGGGAGCCUCAUGUUGAGGUAGAAUUCAGGUGGAUCUACCCAGGGCAGAAGGAUGAAAGGCCCGUGACAGUUCAAGACACUUGGAGGCUGAUCCACAGAGGACUUGGACACACCACGAGAAUCUCCCAGAGCAUCCUUACAGUGGAAGACUUUGAAACCACUGAUGCUGGAUAUUACAUUUGCACUGCUCAGAAUCUCCAAGGACAGACAACAGUAGCUACCACUAUUGAGUCUUCCUGAUGUGGAAAAUGAGGUAUAAUGAACUGAAGAAAAGCCCAUUUGCAUAUACCAUCAGCGUUGGGUUUUUUUGAUUAGUUCGUAGCCAGAGGCUGAUGUCAAGUGCCAAUCUCCACCCCCCUUGUGAGUCAGACCCAGACAUCCAAACCAAAAGGAAGUCAACUGGUCUAAUAAUACGAGUGUUAACUCUUCUAACAGAAAGCAUGUGUUUUGAUUGCUUACCUACACAUAUAUUUCUAAUUUUUAUAUUAAGAAAACAUCUAUGUAAACUUUAUAUAAUCAUUUCUAUUAAAUAAGCAAGUUUUUGUAAAAAAUUAAAAAUGGACUCAGUGCUCUUGUUUUAGAGCUGACUUGAAGUAAGUCCCAAAGGACCUUUCUGGGAGUGAUGCUUGGGUGAAUACUUAACAUUCUAUUUAAUAUAACAACCACUGU